UUGUUGUCUUUCUCCCUACAUAUAAGCUCACUGAGGACAGUUCUGUGUCUGCAUCCCCAGAACACAUAACAAGAGCGCCAUAAAUACUUGUUGUAUAAAUGAGUGGUGGAAUGGAAUUCUGUAAGACAGAGCAAGCAAAGGACUAACUAUUGUUGUUUUAAGUAGGCUAGUUUAUACAUGUUAAAUAUUUUAAAGGUAUUGCACAUGAUGAUAUAAAAAUGAGCAUUAGAAAUUUUCAAUGUUUUAUGCAGGCCAUGGAAGCUGGACUCUCAGAGGUGAAAAAUGAGUUACAGUCACGUGAUGAUCUCUUGAGAAUUAUAGAAAUGGAGCGAUUGCAGUUACACAGAGAAUUAUGGAAAAUAGGAGAGUGCCAGAAUGCCCAAGAAAAUAAGAAAAGACUCAAAUCAUCUUAUCUACCUUCUAUUAAAGAACCAGAAAAGAAAAGGAAAGAUCUAUUUUCAGUAGUCCCAGAUCAACCAAAUCAUGAAAAAGAAUUAAACAAGGAAAUACAGUGAUGUCAAAGACAGAUCCUGUCCGAUAAAGAACUGACUGUCAGAGACUAAUAUGGAAAAACUACAGAACAAUGCUGUUGUUUCAUGAGUUAAGUAUAAAAUUUAAUGGUCAUUUUCCUUAUGUAUUGAACACUUUAAUACCACAUAAUUCCAUGAAACUGAUUCUACUGAUUUUAAAAAUACAGCUUCAAAAAACUGUACCAUACUGAUGUCACCAAUGAAUGCAUGGUAAAGGAUUGAUUAAAGCCACAUAUAGUUAUACCCUUCUUAUCCUUGUAAAUUUUGUAGAGUAAUAAAACCUUGAGUAAUAUAAAGAAUCUACUGAUUUUAUACAAGUUGGCGUGGAGGGAGGGAGUACAGGUACAAACCUCUUUAUAGGCUCUUGGAGACCACUGCGCAGUGCAGUGCAGUGCAGAAAAGAUUACAAAUGACUCCAUGUAAAUAGCUAUAGCUUCCAGGAAGUGUUUGUGGAGAGCAUUUUCAUCCCAUUGCAAUAAAACCAACAAGAGCCAUGUAUUAUGAAUCUUGCCAGCGUUUUCUCUUUUUCAGUAGAAAGCUAUUUUUAGUCAUCUAUUUUUGUGAUAAAAUUCACAUUAUUAAUGAAGGCAAAAGUCAUUUGAAGCUCAGGUAAAUUAAUCUAAUUUAGAAACAAGCUUUGUAGUAUAGCAUGUUAUAUUAAUAUAUAGCCAAUUACAAAAAUAGAGAAAUAGUUCAGUCCUUUUCAUAAUAGUGUAUUAAUUUUUUAACAAAAUGUUAAAGCUCCACUUUUAAGAGGAGCACAUUAAACUAUACCACAGGGAUGCAGCCAGCAAAAUCUACACCAGGACAGACCACAGAACAAUGCUAUCAUUUCAUCAGAUGAGUCAAAAGGAAAGAAUGGAGACAGGAAAAAUUAGAGGAGACCUGCAGCAUCAUUGCGGGGUUGGCAUGCUUGUGUUCCAGCCUCCUAGUCCCUCCUCUACUUUCAGGAGCCAGAUAAGUUAGGCCCACCCAGUUUUCUUUCCUUUGAGUCUCCUUACCCCCAUGCCAUAUUUGAUAAAUGGCAGGGUUGAGAAAAUGUGAUUGCUGUAGUCAAGACCAUGUAAUUUCUAGGACUGUGCCCAACUUUGAAAUUUUAGAAAUGUUAUAAAGAACUUUCUUAUUAUCUCUUCUGUUUUCUCUGCAACAAAAUCGGAAAAGAGGAGGGCAGAACAGGUUCUGCCUGGAA